UGCCCGGAGGUGCCGCUGAGGCCUCGGCGGUGCCGGGUGGCGCCCAGUGGCCGGGGCCAAGAGAAGCCGCUGGGAUCCCUCAGCCGAAGUUGAAGGAACAAAAUGUGAAGUGCGGAGCCGCGUCAGCCGCUUCCUGGCGUGGGGUUGGGGAGGCCGGUAGAGGACUGUGAAAGAAAAGUUGUCCCCCAGGAUGGACUUCACCGCGCAGCCCAAGCCUGCCACUGCCCUGUGUGGCGUCGUGAGUGCGGACGGGAAGAUCGCUUACCCUCCGGGAGUAAAGGAAAUCACAGACAAGAUCACCACCGACGAGAUGAUCAAACGACUGAAGAUGGUAGUCAAGACCUUUAUGGAUAUGGAUCAGGACUCAGAAGAUGAAAAACAGCAGUAUCUCCCACUAGCCUUGCAUCUUGCAUCUGAAUUCUUCCUCAGGAACCCUAAUAAAGAUGUGCGUCUCCUUGUAGCAUGUUGUUUGGCAGACAUAUUUCGAAUCUAUGCCCCAGAAGCUCCAUAUACUUCCCACGAUAAACUUAAGGACAUAUUUUUGUUUAUUACCAGACAAUUAAAAGGUUUGGAGGAUACAAAGAGUCCGCAGUUUAAUAGAUACUUUUAUUUAUUGGAGAAUUUAGCUUGGGUUAAAUCAUAUAACAUCUGCUUUGAAUUGGAAGAUUGCAAUGAAAUUUUUAUCCAGCUUUUUAGGACUCUCUUCUCUGUGAUAAACAAUAGCCACAAUAAGAAGGUACAAAUGCAUAUGCUAGACUUGAUGAGUUCUAUCAUCAUGGAAGGUGAUGGAGUUACUCAAGAAUUAUUGGACUCCAUUCUUAUUAACCUCAUACCUGCACAUAAGAAUUUAAACAAACAGUCCUUCGACCUUGCAAAAGUCCUAUUGAAAAGGACAGUCCAGACUAUUGAGGCAUGCAUUGCCAAUUUUUUCAAUCAAGUCCUGGUGCUGGGAAGAUCGUCAGUAAGUGAUUUGUCAGAACAUGUAUUUGAUCUGAUUCAGGAACUUUUUGCUAUAGAUCCUCAUUUAUUAUUAUCUGUCAUGCCGCAGCUUGAAUUCAAAUUGAAGAGCAAUGAUGGAGAAGAACGAUUAGCUGUUGUUCGACUUCUAGCUAAAUUAUUUGGAUCUAAAGAUUCUGAUUUGGCCACACAGAAUCGACCUCUUUGGCAAUGUUUUCUUGGACGAUUUAAUGACAUUCAUGUUCCUGUGAGAUUAGAAAGUGUGAAAUUUGCCAGUCAUUGUUUAAUGAAUCACCCAGAUUUAGCAAAAGAUCUCACAGAAUAUUUGAAGGUUAGAUCACAUGAUCCAGAAGAAGCUAUUCGUCAUGAUGUCAUUGUUACUAUAAUAACAGCAGCCAAAAGAGACCUUGCCUUAGUAAAUGAUCAGCUGCUUGGAUUUGUAAGGGAAAGAACACUGGAUAAACGGUGGCGAGUAAGAAAAGAAGCUAUGAUGGGUCUGGCUCAGCUUUAUAAGAAAUACUGUCUUCAUGGUGAAGCAGGAAAGGAAGCGGCAGAGAAAGUCAGCUGGAUAAAGGACAAACUUUUACAUAUUUAUUAUCAGAACAGCAUUGAUGACAAACUAUUGGUAGAGAAAAUUUUUGCUCAGUAUCUUGUGCCCCACAAUCUGGAAACAGAAGAGAGAAUGAAAUGCUUAUAUUAUUUAUAUGCUAGUUUGGAUCCAAAUGCUGUAAAAGCUCUCAAUGAAAUGUGGAAAUGUCAGAACAUGCUUCGGAGUCAUGUACGCGAACUAUUGGAUUUGCACAAGCAGCCUACAUCAGAGGCUAACUGUUCUGCCAUGUUUGGAAAACUGAUGACCAUAGCAAAGAAUUUGCCUGAUCCUGGGAAAGCACAAGAUUUUGUGAAGAAAUUUAACCAGGUUCUUGGUGAUGAUGAGAAACUACGGUCUCAGUUGGAGUUAUUAAUCAGCCCAACCUGUUCAUGCAAACAAGCAGACGUUUGUGUGAGAGAAAUAGCUCGGAAACUUGCAAAUCCUAAGCAGCCAACAAAUCCUUUUCUAGAGAUGGUCAAAUUUCUUUUGGAAAGAAUUGCACCUGUGCACAUUGAUUCAGAAGCCAUAAGUGCACUGGUAAAAUUGAUGAAUAAAUCAAUAGAGGGAACAGCCGAUGAUGAAGAGGAGGGUGUAAGUCCAGAUACAGCUAUUCGUUCAGGACUUGAACUUCUUAAGGUUCUGUCUUUCACACAUCCUACCUCGUUCCACUCUGCAGAGACAUAUGAGUCCUUGUUACAGUGCCUAAGAAUGGAGGAUGAUAAGGUAGCAGAAGCUGCAAUACAAAUUUUUAGAAACACAGGCCACAAAAUAGAAACAGACCUUCCCCAGAUACGAUCGACCUUAAUUCCCAUUUUACAUCAAAAAGCAAAGAGGGGUACUCCACACCAAGCAAAACAGGCUGUGCACUGUAUACAUGCCAUUUUCACAAAUAAAGAAGUCCAGCUUGCACAGAUUUUUGAGCCACUCAGUAGAAGUCUGAAUGCUGAUGUACCAGAACAACUUAUAACUCCAUUAGUUUCACUGGGCCACAUUUCUAUGUUAGCACCAGAUCAGUUUGCUUCCCCAAUGAAAUCUGUAGUAGCGAAUUUUAUUGUGAAAGAUCUACUAAUGAAUGACAGGUCAACAGGUGAGAAGAAUGGAAAAUUGUGGUCUCCAGAUGAAGAGGUGUCCCCUGAAGUACUAGCAAAGGUACAGGCAAUUAAACUUCUGGUAAGGUGGCUGUUGGGUAUGAAAAACAACCAAUCUAAAUCUGCCAAUUCAACUCUUCGGUUAUUAUCGGCGAUGUUGGUUAGUGAGGGUGACCUGACAGAGCAAAAGAGGAUCAGUAAAUCUGAUAUGUCUCGCUUGCGAUUAGCUGCUGGUAGUGCCAUAAUGAAGCUUGCUCAGGAACCUUGUUACCAUGAAAUUAUUACUCCAGAACAAUUUCAACUCUGUGCACUUGUUAUUAAUGAUGAGUGUUACCAAGUAAGGCAGAUAUUUGCUCAGAAGCUGCAUAAGGCACUUGUAAAGUUACUGCUCCCAUUGGAGUACAUGGCGAUCUUUGCCUUGUGUGCCAAAGAUCCUGUGAAGGAGAGAAGAGCACAUGCACGACAGUGUUUACUAAAAAACAUCAGUAUACGCAGAGAAUACAUUAAACAGAAUCCUAUGGCUACUGAGAAAUUAUUAUCACUGUUGCCUGAAUAUGUAGUUCCAUACAUGAUUCACCUGCUAGCCCAUGAUCCAGAUUUUACAAGAUCACAAGAUGUUGAUCAGCUUCGUGAUAUCAAAGAGUGCCUGUGGUUCAUGCUUGAAGUUUUAAUGACAAAGAAUGAAAAUAAUAGCCAUGCCUUUAUGAAGAAGAUGGCAGAGAACAUCAAGCUAACCAGAGAUGCCCAGUCUCCAGAUGAAACCAAGACAAAUGAAAAACUUUAUACAGUAUGUGAUGUGGCUCUGUGUGUUAUAAAUAGUAAAAGUGCUUUGUGCAAUGCAGAUUCACCAAAGGACCCAGUCCUUCCAAUGAAAUUUUUUACACAACCUGAAAAGGACUUCUGUAAUGACAAGAGUUAUAUUUCAGAAGAGACAAGAGUGCUUCUAUUAACAGGAAAGCCAAAGCCUACUGGAGUACUAGGUGCAGUAAACAAACCUUUAUCAGCAACAGGAAGGAAACCCUAUGUUAGAACCACUGGCACUGAGACCGGAAGCAAUAUUAAUGUAAAUUCAGAGCUGAAUCCCUCAACCGGAAAUCGAUCAAGGGAACAGAGUUCAGAGGCUACAGAAACUGGAAUUAGUGAAAACGAAGAGAACCCAGUGAGAAUUAUUUCUGUUACACCUGUAAAAAAUAUUGACCCAGUAAAGAAUAAGGAAAUAAAUUCUGAUCAGGCUACCCAGGGCAAUAUCAGCAGUGACCGAGGAAAGAAAAGAACAGUAACAGCAGCUGGUGCAGAGAAUAUCCAACAAAAAACAGAUGAGAAAGUAGAUGACUCAGGGCCACCUGCCCCUUCCAAACCCAGGAGAGGACGUCGACCCAAGUCUGAAUCUCAGGGCAACGCAACCAAAAAUGAUGAUAUAAAUAAACCCAAUAGUAAGGGGAGGAAGAGAGCUGCAGUCAGUCAAGAAAGCCCUGGGGGUCUGGAAGCAGGUAAUGCCAAAGCACCCAAACUGCAAGAUGUAGCCAAAAAGGCUGGACCAGCAGAGAGACAGAUUGAUUUACAAAGGUAAAAAGGAGACUCUUUUGUAAGGGAAAAAAUGAAGGCCAAACAGAAGCAGGCUCCAGCUUCUGCAAAAACUUGGAUUCAGACUGUCCCUGCACAGAAAACGAAGUUCACUUCAGAACACACACUUUCUGCCUUGAAAACCGAAAGAAACUCUGACUUCUUUUCACAUGACCACAGUCCUAUGAUGGAAAUGUACAGAAGAAACUCGAGAGAGGCUAAAAGCAACUCUAUUCUCCCUCCCCCCAGACUUUUCCUAUGAAAAGUCAAUAAUUAAGCAAAUUGCUUAACAUUUGGUUCCAGUUCCUGCAUAUCUGGAGUUUAAACACAUAAUACACCAUUAAUUCCCAUGCUGCAGUUUUUAUUUUAAAGAAAGUAACAAGAUGUCCUUACACUGACACUGAAAAUUCAUCCCUUCUAGAGCCAUGAAUCCCCAUGUUACACAAGAAACAGAAGUCUACUGAAAUUAUUAUUUUUUUUUUUUUUUUUAAGAAGAAAAGAGAUCAAAUAUUUCUUUGUUUUUCCUUUUGGAAACUUUUAUGUAUAAUUCUUUCUGCCUGUCUACUUUUCUGCAAAAAUGAGAUGUACAGAUUUCAGUUCCCUGCUAUGAAAAGUGAUGUGGUGGCAAUUUUAUAAAUGUUGCUUUCUGAUUUUUAUCAGAGUGAGAAAAUAAUUAAAAUAAUUAUUGAUUUGCAAGUAGUAAACUUCAUAUUUUGAUUUCCCCUUCAUUUUAGUUUAAUAUAAUUUGCAAUAAAUGUACAUAUUGUUUGUUUCAUAAAGCAUAUCACUUUAAAAUGGUCUUUACUCCUAUGAUUAUGUUGGAAUAUUUGGAAUUUUAAAGGAGUAAAGACUAUCCAGCAUUUGGUUUUAAAUAAUGUUUGUCACCAGAUUUUUAUUAUUAAUGUAAAAAAAAGUCAAUUUUUUAAAAUAGUUGGACUUUGGCAGCUUUGUAAGGAAAAUUGGAGGUGUUAGGAUUACUAUCAGUUUUCAGCAUUGUGCUAUUGGGAAAUAAGUGUUUUUGUCUGCUGUUCUGGGCUCAGUUUUUAUCUUUAUUUUAGGGAUAAAUGUUGCAUCAAUAUAUUAUGUUUCUUGGCAUUGUUCAGCAUAGGGAAUGUGUGCACUUUUUGUGUACACAUAAUCAUAUUUAAGUUUUUUUGCAUAAAAUAAAUGCUUCUAGAUGUCAUAUGGCAGUCUUUUUUAAUCUUUUUAUAUUAUGCUUUAUUGUGAAUUUUUUAUGCAAAAGGGCUAAAGUCAUAAACCAAGAACGUGAUUAGAGUCAACUCUCCAUUAUCUAUAAAAUAGUGACUGGGCUUAGUUUGUGGUAAUCAUAAACUUCCAAAUAAAAUAAUGAAGGCACACUGAUUUAGGAGGACUUUGAAAUUUGUCCUUUCUGUGCUCGUAUUUAUAUUCUGCCCCCUCUGUACACUUAGACUCAUCCCCAGAGCCCUAGAAAAAUGUGCUUUUUCCUUACACAUACCUAGUGUGGGCUGGCAGAAAUAAGCAACAUUUGCAUUAUAUCUGGUCUUAAACUAUAGUCUACAUAAAAUGUAAAACAAACAAUAAUACUGUCAAAAGAAUAUAUUAAGAAUGAAAUCUGCUGGUAGUAAAUGUCACUAAUGUUCUCAUAGAUAAUGAAGAGUUGGCUAUCACUGAGUGAAAGAUGGAUAGUUCUUUUCAGUAUGCAUCAACAUACACACAUUUAGGUAUUAGAAGAUGGUUAGGGAACAAUGGAUUCCAAUGAUACAAAGUGCAUCAAAGUCUCCUGAAAGUGCAGAAAAGUCCUAUUCUUUCUUCCUUUUGUCUCUUCAUAACCCUUUAGAAAGUAUAAAAUAUUGCCUCCAACAUGCUGAAAAAGAAUAUCUAUGCAUAAGUAUCAGUAAAGUCCCUCAAGCAAUCAGCGGGUGUGUUUGAAGUUCUCUUAGUAUCAGACAACUUAAUUCUUUUUGGUUUUGUUUUGAGGUGCUGAAGAUCCAAGCAAGAGACUCACACAUUUUAGGCAAGUGCUCUAACACUGAGCUACAUCCCCAGCCCUGACACCUUGAUUCUUAGGAGCUCCAGUUUGGCAGAUGUGGUAGCACAUACCUCUGAUCUCAGCAACUGGGGAGACUGAGGCCUGAGGAUUACAUGUUCAAAGCCAGCCUCAGCAAUUCAGCAAGACCCUAUCUCGAAAUGAAAAAGAAAAAGGGCUGGGAGAUGUGGCUAAGUGGUUAAGCACUUCUGGGUUCAAUCCCUAGGAAAGAGCUCCAAUUUGUCACCAACAGGAAGUACAUUCAUGGUAAUCUAGUAAACUGGAUGCAGUGCAAUUAGUCAAACGCAGUUAAAGAGAAAGAAGGUUCCUAAGUGUCAUAUUACACAAAAUGUAGCCCAGCCAUUUGCAUCUAUUUAUGGCUCUUUAGGCUUCUACAAGAGAACAAUUAACUAUAGGUGCAGUUGUUCAUAGGUAUGUAAAUUGGCCACCCAGGGUUUUGUUAAAUGACACAAGUGUCUGGCACUAAGGGAAAGGAGAGUUAAAAAGCUAGGGACUUUAAGGGAAUUUGUCAGUUUUCCUUUGAAAAGGAAAAUGUAAAAUCUCUUAGGAAUUUGGUAUUCACAUCUCAGAGAAAUACAACACAAAAGUGCAGACUUAUAUUUGAAAAUUGAUGUUAACCCUUUGUGUCUAGUUUGAAGCUUCUUGUAUUUGUCUAAAACUACAAGCCAGAAUUUUGUAUCUCCUUUGAUAAAAAGUGUAUAAUAUAAAGUAGUUUUGCAUAUUAUUGUGCUGCACAUGGGCUGAAUUUUUAGAAUUUUUUAAAGACUUGAAGCAGAAUCUUGUAAUUUGUGUAAAUGACAAGUGUAAAAUCUUACCAUAAAAUGCUAAAAAUAUGCACUGUUUCAAAUAAAACAAAGAAAUGCAGCAUUA